CACAUUUCACAACUCGCUAUCUAUCAAAUCAAUCUCUCGAAAAUGGCAAGAGCAGACAAGAAGCCAGCGGAGAAGAAGCCAGCGGCGGCGGAGGAGAAGGCCGCCGCAGCGGAGAAGAAGCCUCGUGCGGAGAAGAAGAUCCCGAAGGAAGGAGCCGCCGCCGGCGACAAGAAGAAGAAGAGAUCGAAGAAGAACGUGGAGACAUACAAGAUCUACAUCUUCAAGGUGCUGAAGCAGGUUCACCCUGACAUCGGAAUCUCCAGCAAGGCCAUGGGGAUCAUGAACAGUUUCAUCAAUGACAUCUUCGAGAAGCUCGCUCAGGAGUCUUCUCGUCUGGCUCGCUACAACAAGAAGCCGACGAUCACCUCCAGGGAGAUUCAGACCGCCGUGAGAUUGGUUCUCCCCGGCGAGCUUGCCAAGCACGCCGUUUCUGAAGGCACCAAGGCGGUUACCAAGUUCACUAGUUCUUAGGGUUUCGGUUCUGAUUUUGCUGGUUUCCCAAAUUAUCGCUUGUAAAGGGUAGUGUUGGUAGGUUGUUUUGGCAUUCUGGAAUGUAAUCGCUUAUCGCUCUGAUUUACUUGCAAUGUAAACAGUUUCCCCUAUGAAUCGAUUUGAUGUUUUAAUUGCAA